AUGUACAUUCCCAGAAAUCUGCUCGAGCCCACAGAGGUAAGUGCCUGCCUCUUCUACAGCUGUGCCUGCGGCAUGACUACCACGACCACAGACAUCCCGCCGGAGCAACAACUGGCGGCAGUCUGUGGACUCAGCACCCAGCUAGCCACCACGCCGACACCUCUGAGACUGAACCAGGGGCAAAGAUCCAGAGCUUUCCAGAAUCAUCCAACGAAGUUUCGCAAGGGCUCAGGAAAGGGUCACGGAAAAAACCCCCAAGUACAGCCGAAACGCACCAGAGAACAAGAGGAGGAGGACGAGUUCUGGAUGGACAUAGAUCACCUCGACGAGGCCACCAUGAGGAGCAUCCUCAGGGUAUUGCUCAAGGCGGUUUCGAGGCACGAACAUCAGAUGGCGAUGCUGGAAGCCGAUCGCAGCUUCGUGUUCUUCCUGGAGACGGGACCCCACGGGAUGGUGGGACUGUUGGUGCAGGCCCGGCUGGAGAAGACCGAGACGGACACGCAGGCCUGGCAAACAGCGGAGACGGCCGGCUGGAUCACGCGGUCUCCGCUCCAGUGGGCAUACACGGAAUGGAAUCCCGAGCAGAAGAAGGCACUCCCCUCCAGUCGCGACAAUCUUACCCACGAAGCUGCGAAGAAAGCGGUGGCCAGGCUGCUCAAGCUCACCGCGAAGGAUGGCACCGUUCACAGGUUUCAGAGCCUCAAGCCCCUCAAGCCCGAACUUCAAGCACAGGUGAUCGUCAUGUUACUCACCCUCACCAUCCACCAGAACGCAGCGGAGAUCUACGAAGACCUGGACAUCCUGGCCAACAACAGCGCAGGCAAGAUCAUCGGCAUGCGCCUCAGAAGGGAAAGGGUCGGAAAGUCAGCACUAGCAAAAGAGCUGGAGCACCUGCAAAUCUGA